AUGGUGGUCGGUCGGCUUCUCCAUGAAGAAUCGCGACGCCGACAAUUCGCUAACGAGAGCGUGGAGACCGCCAUGUUCUCCGGAGGAAGCUCCGGAAAGAAGUCCAAGUGGAGCAAGGGUGAGGCGAAGAAGUCGUCAGGUGGAAACGAGCGCGGCAAAGGCAACGCAUCGAACGGUUCGAGCAAGUGCCACUAUUGUCGCAAAGCGGGACAUUUUUGGCGUGAAUGUCGGAAGCGGCCGAGGGAUUGGACUCCAUUGAAGGCGCGGAACCAAGAGGGCAACGCGCACACGGCAUCCGGAGAGGCGGAUGGUUCAAUGGAGUCGCUCGUUUUGUUGGCCGGUGAUGGGAUCAACACUUCAAACGACGCGUGGUUCCUCGACACCGAUGCAACACAACACAUGAUGCACUCGGCAUCGUUCCUCGACAACAUCGGUGCUCCGGGAGACGUUAAGCGCGUCGUCUUCGGGAACGACAAAUCGCUACCGGUGGUUGGAGUUGGGAGUACGCGUCUCAUCGUCGAUAGCGGGCCAGUGGACAUCACGAACGUUCUUCACGUCUCGGGAUUGAAGGUGAAUCUACUCUCCGUCACUCAACUCGCGAAGAAGGAUGUGAAGGUCACCAUCGAUGGUGCGAAGAUGAACCUCUUUUGGAAGGGGAAGCAAUUCGCGCAAGGCGUUCUCAACGGACAACUCUACCAACUCAAGACGCAUCAGAAUACGGCCUCAUCCAACGUGGCGCAAGGUUCCAAGGCGACUCUCAAGAUGUGGCAUAAUCGGCUUGCGCACGCCAACUACGACUCGGUCAAGGAGUUGGCCAACAAGGGACUUGCGAAGGGAUUUGACGUGAUUGCCGGCAACGACGGGAAGGGCGUGUGCGCGGCGUGUGUCAAAGGAAAAAUGGCUCGCAAGCCAUUUGGUAGCCGUACCUCACCCCUCGCUAAGGACCCGCUUGCGCUUGUUCACAUGGACGUGUGUGGACCGAUGCGGCAUGCAUCAAAGGGAGGAGCGCGGUUCCUCUUAGUGAUUCUCGAUAACGCAACGCGGAUGUGUUGGACCCGGCUCUUGAAGGCUAAAGGAGAUGCGGCCAAGGCGAUUCAAGAGUGGGCGCUCGAUUUGCAACCGAAAGCUCGUGCGGCGAUCUACUUGGGAAUUGCGGCGAACGAGCGUGCAUGGCGAGUGUGGGAUUCGGAUGAAAAACGCGUCGUCACGUCUCGGGAUGUGAUCUUCGACGAAGCCAAGUUCCCGACAACGGAGAAACAAACGCCGCAACUCACCGUCGUCCUUCCCGCACGAGAGGAGGAUGAAGCGGUGGAGGUUCCACCGCACGUGGAGAAGGGAGCUGUAAGUGGAGGGGGAGAGAACGAGGAGUGUGAUGAUGAUGUCGAGGAGGUGCCACCAACCGAGGAGGCCACUUCCUCCGCACCUUCUUCCCUACCAUUGGCGUUAACUCGCGGGCGUCGUACACCUCGCCCCAACACGAGGUUAACCGACUAUGCUACGGUUGCCGUUGGGGAGUUCGAUGAGGAGAGUGCGGCACUUUGCCUAGCGACCAUCGGCGACGAUAACCCACGCACCCACAAGGAGGCUUUUGCUUCACCAGAUGCACCGCUAUGGAAGCAAGCAAUGGAGAGGGAGUUAGCAUCCAUCAAGGAGAACGAUGUUUUCGAGCUCGUCGACCCGCCGAAGGGUGCCUACUUGGUGGGAUGCAAGUAG